AUUCUGCAUUAAUUUUCAUGUGACAACAAACUGAAUGUAAUAUUAGAUCCAGGAUUACGCUUUAAUUUUCCAGUAAAGUAUUUUACGUCAAGUUGAAGUGUUACUGCGGUCUAAAAAUAAAUGUGAUAAAACUGAGUCAGAACAUCACAUGAGGAGGCUGGUUUUCCGGAAUAAUUGUAUCCUGGAUGUUUAUAAUGCGAGUUGUCGUUCAUAUUAUAAAGCUGUUAUAAACAAAGCUGAUGUGAACAUCAGCAUAUGAAAUUGUGCUUAAACUAGAUUAAAAUGAACUGGAUAAUACUCAAGUCCUUCUUAUGAAGAUGUUUCAUACAACUAUAAAGACCCAUCAAAUGCAUAAGUUCUAUCCAGGAAGUCAUGAAGCUGAGAUGUGCUACGGGGGAGAAGCUGACCUACACAGACAUGUGCUAGGCUGUAAGAAAAAUCCAGGUCACAAAGACUUUAUACCUCUCAAAGAUUUCUGCAGGCACCAUUUACCUCCUCGUUACCAUGACGACGACCUGUUGGUUGAGACCGUAAAAGCUCAGGCGGCGAUUACUGUACAGAUAAAGACAAAGUUUACCAGUCUAGUCAGACCAGAGUUUUACCCAGGCACUCAAGUGUCAUACCCAUGUCACGCGGAUCGCGGGAGUCACGUGAUAAGGAUGGCGACGGGGAGGGUGUACGGUAUAGUCAAGUAUACACAGAGCGAUACAACUUGUCAGUGUAUGGAGUGUCAAGUCUCCGACACACCCAGUACAGUAUGGGGUGAGGUCUAUGUCAUGACAUCCACACACGUCGUGUUCGAUGAGAGCGAGGCUCGACGCACCAGAUGCGUGUUUGGCUUUGACGACACCGCCAGCUCUGUGGUUAAUCUUGAUGGCUGGAACAUCAGCAGCGCGGACGUUGAGAGAGACUGGUGUGUGUUGAAACGAGUGACCUGCGACCUAAAAUUCCUCAACGAGCUGGACACGAUGUGGCGACGCUUCGAUUAUCUUCGCGGGAAAGUUAAAAACAAAUACUGGAAUUUAUCGGAUGUAGAUAAGCUAACGAUUAUUGUGUCGCACCCUCAUGGGUGCCCAAAGCAGGUCUCUGUAGGUCAGUGGACGCAUCGGUAUGUGAGGGACGGUUUGACCAAGUACACGUACACAACAUGUACAUGUCCAGGUAGCAGCGGGUCGACCGUCUAUGCCAACGGUUUAAACGGCUGGCUCUCGCAUCUUCACUGUGGGUCAAGCGUCCAAGGAAAUUAUAGUGCGGAGAUGUGGUGUUAACAUACAUUUUCGGGGCAAUUAAUAACAUUCAGGGGCAGAACUAUAGUGCCGCCAGACC